AGGCUUUCAAAGCAAAGACCACCAAAAAAAGAAAUUAAAAAAAUAACAACUAAUAAACUUCAGUGCAACUUUCAAAGAUGGAGACGAAUAAAGCUAAAGCCUCUAUCUCCUUCUUCCUUCUCAUGAUGUUGUUAAUAAGCUCUUGUUCGGCUUUCAACAUCACCAAGCUCCUCGAAAAGGAAGACGAUUUCAGCAACUUCAACCAGCAGCUCUCCCAGACCAAAAUCGCCGACCAGAUCAACAAGCGGAGCACCAUCACCGUCCUCGCCGUGGACAACAGCGCAAUAGGCGGCCUAGGUGACGACAGCUCCGUAACGAAGGCGAUCAUGAGCGUCCACGUCAUCCUCGACUACUACGACAAGGAGAAGCUGACCAAGCAUGCAAAGACCAACAAGAGCGCCAUGCUGACGACGCUGUACCAGACCUCCGGGUUGGCUAAGAACCAACAGGGCUUCCUCCGAGUAGCAGCCGACGACGGUGAGAUUACUUUCGGGUCGGCAAGCAAGGGUGGACAAAUGAACUCCAAGCUGGUCAAGUCUGUGACAGCUCAGCCCUUCAACAUUUCCGUGCUUCAGGUUAGUUCCAUCAUAGAGGUUCCCGACAUUAAUGCUAAUCCUUCCCCCGAAAAGGCUCCUGCACCGAAGAGGGGGAAGCCUCCGAGUUCGUCCGACGACGCCGACAGUCCCUCCGACGACGACGCUGACAGUCCCUCCGACGACACAGCCGACAGUCCCGGGGACGACUCGGACUCUGAGGCUCCCAGUCCGUCGAAGCACCAUACACCACCCAAGCCUAAGGAUGAUACGUCAGAUUCGCCAUCGUCGAGUCCAGCGCCUGCGCCAGGUAAGAGUGAUGCACGCGCCACCGCUGCGGAGAUGGGCGUUGGGGUUGUUGCUAUGGGGUUAGUUUCGGUGUUAGUUGCCUUCUUUUGACGAGCAUGAGAUAAACGGAUACGGCCAAUAAGAAUAUGUAACUGAAAAAUCAGCUACCUCGAGGGUAGAAAGAUUUGAAUCUGAAUUAGUUUGUAAGGCAUUGAUAUAUCUGUUCUGUAAAAGCUUGAAAACUCAAAGAAAAAGAGAGCGAGAGAGAGAUUUUUUAACCGUCAUCUAAAUAUGCAUAGGCUUUUUGCUUGUUAUUAAGAACAUCGAUUAGUUACAACUUACUAGGGAUUGAUCAAUACAAUCAUGAAGCUACUAAGUAGGCAUUUCUAACCAAAUA